AUGUGUAUAACACCUGCUGUAGCUGUAGACAACGAGCCCUUCGUUAGCGCUGCCUCCGAAUUGUAUUGCUUCAGAAAAUUGUCGAGCCCGAGUAUCGGAAAGGUGUUCGAAGCGGAUCAAAUUUCUCUCUUGGAGCUUUUGGUGGCCAUUUUCAGGAGAUCCUUUGUGGGGUGCAAAAGGGCCGCCGCAAUUGGGGCCGCCGACGGUCGGAGAAUGGAAAUCGGGUCGCCUUCUAAUGUGAGGCACGUGGCCCAUGUAACCUUCGACAGGUUCAAUGGCUUUCUCGGGCUGCCGGUUGAGUUCGAGCCCGAAGUUCCCAGGAGGCCUCCUAGUGCAAGUACAAGAGUGUUUGGAGUUUCGACCGAGUCAAUGCAGUUGUCUUUCGACUCCAGAGGUAACUGUGUGCCCACUAUACUACUGAUGAUGCAAAGACGUUUAUAUAUGCAAGGAGGCCUCGAGUCUGAAGGAAUCUUUAGGAUUAAUCCGGCAAACGGGCAGGAAGAGUAUGUAAGAGAACAGCUAAAUAACGGGUUGAUUCCGGAUGACAUUGACGUUCAUUGUCUAGCCGGUCUAAUCAAGGCGUGGUUUAGAGAAUUACCGAGAGGGGUAUUGGAUUGCGUGCCAGCCGAGCAGGUGAUGGAGGCCCAGUCGGAAGAUGAGUGCACUCAACUCGUGAGGCUACUGCCCCCAACGGAGGCAGCCCUUUUGGAUUGGGCCGUUAAUCUAAUGGCCGAUGUUGCCCAGCACGAGCACCUCAACAAGAUGAACCCACGAAACAUCGCCAUGGUUUUCGCCCCCAAUAUGACUCAGAUGUCGGAUCCUCUUACGGCACUGAUGUACGCAGUCCAAGUGAUGAAUUUUCUCAAGACUCUCGUCACAAAGACAUUAAGAGAGAGAGAAGAUUCACUAGGCGAAGCAGGUCCCACGGUACAGUUGGACCAAGAAAACGAAGAUCAUCACGAUCAAUGCACUUCAGGAUCAGGAUCAGGAUCAGUUCACACGGACCAAUCAAUUAGAACCAACAAUGAAUCUUGUGGUUUUCUAAGUUCGAUCGAGAAAAUUAUAGCCGAUGCAAAAGGAGCUACAGACGAUUAUUCGAUUGCUGACAAGGAAGGAUCGUGGCAAAAUACUCUUAGACCAGUUGUCGAGGGAGAUGAGGGCAUAACUGUAACUACCAAGUUAAAGCCACAGCCUUCUCGGGGAGAAGCAUGGAAAUGA